UGUGAGCACGUGACUUCAAAGAUGGACAACUGGGUCCGUUAUAAGUUGUGAUUGGCCUUAAGCUGACUUAAAACCAUUGAAGAACUUAACAGGAUUUCUCUCAUUCCUGAUUUAUGCCUAUCUAAUUGCCUCACACCACCAGCUUAAUCAUGUAUGGAAGUGCUCGGUCAGUUGGUAAGGUGGAGCCAAGCAACCAGAGUCCAGGGCGUUCACCAAGGCUGCCACGGUCACCACGCUUGGGCCAUCGUCGAACCAACAGCACAGGAGGCAGUUCUGGGAGUAGUACUGGGGGUGGCAGUGGAAAAACCCUUUCUAUGGAAAAUAUUCAGUCCUUAAAUGCCGCCUAUGCUACGUCUGGCCCUAUGUAUCUAAGUGACCAUGAGAACGUGGGUGCAGACACCCCAAAAAGCACCAUGACUUUGGGCCGAUCUGGGGGGCGGCUGCCUUACGGUGUUAGGAUGACUGCAAUGGGUAGCAGCCCUAACAUUGCCAGUAGUGGAGUUGCCAGUGAUACUAUUGCAUUUGGAGAGCACCAUCUCCCUCCAGUGAGUAUGGCAUCCACUGUGCCUCACUCACUGCGCCAGGCCAGGGAUAACACAAUAAUGGAUCUGCAGACACAACUCAAAGAAGUAUUAAGGGAAAAUGAUCUGCUUCGCAAGGACGUGGAGGUGAAAGAAAGCAAGCUGAGUUCUUCCAUGAACAGUAUCAAGACCUUCUGGAGUCCUGAGCUAAAAAAGGAGAGAGCUCUGAGGAAAGAUGAAGCUUCGAAAAUCACCAUUUGGAAGGAACAAUAUAGAGUUUUGCAAGAAGAAAACCAGCAUAUGCAGAUGACUAUCCAGGCUCUCCAAGAUGAGCUUCGGAUCCAGCGGGACCUGAACCAGCUGUUCCAGCAAGACAGCAGCACUAGAACCAGUGAGCCCUUUGUGGCAGAGCUGACAGAGGAAAACUUCCAACGACUUCAUGCAGAGCACGAACGCCAGGCCAAGGAACUCUUCCUGCUACGUAAAACCUUAGAAGAGAUGGAACUGCGUAUUGAGACGCAGAAACAGACCUUAAAUGCACGUGAUGAGUCCAUCAAAAAGCUGCUGGAGAUGCUGCAGAGUAAAGGUCUGUCAGCAAAAGCCACUGAGGAGGAUCAUGAGCGAACAAGACGGUUGGCUGAGGCAGAGAUGCAUGUGCACCACUUGGAGAGCCUUCUCGAACAGAAGGAAAAAGAAAACAACAUGCUGAGAGAGGAGAUCCAUCGUCGAUUUGAAAAUGCUCCUGACACAGCCAAGACAAAGGCUCUGCAAACUGUUAUUGAGAUGAAGGAUUCAAAAAUUUCUUCCAUGGAGCGUGGUCUCCGGGAUUUGGAAGAGGAGAUUCAGAUGUUGAAGUCAAAUGGAGCUCUGAGCACAGAGGAACGUGAAGAGGAAAUGAAGCAAAUGGAGGUGUACCGUAGUCAUUCCAAAUUCAUGAAAAAUAAGGUAGAGCAACUGAAGGAAGAGCUAAGUGCCAAAGAGGCUCAAGGGGAGGACCUGAAAAAAAGAGUGGCUGGUCUCCAGGCCGAGAUUGGUCAGGUGAAACAGGAGCUGUCACGCAAAGACACUGAGUUACUGGCCUUGCAGACAAAGCUGGAGACCCUCACAAAUCAGUUCUCUGACAGCAAGCAACAUAUUGAAGUUCUGAAAGAGUCUCUUACAGCUAAAGAACAAAGAGCUGCUAUCCUGCAGACAGAGGUGGAUGCGUUACGAUUACGUCUGGAAGAGAAGGAGACUAUGCUAAAUAAGAAGACUAAACAGAUUCAGGAGAUGGCAGAGGAGAAGGGGACUCAAGCAGGAGAGAUCCAUGACCUCAAGGACAUGUUAGAGGUGAAGGAACGCAAAGUUAAUGUUCUUCAGAAGAAGAUUGAAAAUCUUCAAGAGCAGUUACGAGACAAGGAGAAGCAAAUGAGCAGCUUAAAGGAUCGAGUGAAAUCCUUGCAGGCUGACACCACAAAUACCGACACUGCCUUGACCACUCUGGAAGAAGCACUUGCAGAAAAAGAAAGAACCAUUGAGCGCCUAAAGGAGCAACGUGACAGAGAUGAACGAGAAAAACAGGAAGAGAUCGACAACUACAAAAAAGACAUUAAGGACCUGAAAGAGAAAGUCAGCAUUUUACAAGGAGAUCUCACAGAGAAAGAGUCAUCCUUACUGGAUCUGAAGGAACAUGCUUCAUCCUUAGCUUCAUCAGGACUGAAGAAAGAUUCAAGACUCAAGACACUGGAAAUUGCAUUGGAACAGAAAAAGGAAGAAUGUUUGAAGAUGGAAACUCAAUUGAAGAAGGCUCAUGAGGCAACACUGGAGGCUAGGGCCAGCCCAGAGUUAAGUGACCGUAUGCAGCAGCUGGAAAGGGAGGUAACACGGUAUCGGGAAGAAUCUAGCAAGGCUCAAGCUGAAGUGGAUCGUCUUCUGGAAAUCUUGAAAGAGAUGGAAAAUGAGAAGAAUGAUAAGGAUAAGAAGAUAGCAGAACUGGAGAGCCUCACCUCAAGGCAAGUUAAAGAUCAAAAUAAGAAAGUAGCAAAUCUGAAGCACAAAGAGCAAGUGGAGAAAAAGAAGAGUGCACAGAUGCUGGAGGAGGCCAGGAGACGAGAGGAUAAUCUUAAUGACAGCUCCCAACAGCUUCAGGACAAUCUACGUAAAAAGGAUGAUCGGAUUGAAGAACUGGAAGAGGCACUCAGAGAGAGUGUUCAGAUAACUGCAGAGCGGGAAAUGGUGCUAGCACAAGAGGAGUCAGCCAGGAUCAAUGCUGAGAAACAGGUAGAAGAGCUGAUGAUGGCCAUGGAGAAGGUUAAGCAGGAGCUGGAGUCAAUGAAAGCAAAAUUGUCCUCUACACAACAGUCUUUGGCUGAGAAGGAAACCCAUUUGACCAACCUACGAGCUGAAAGAAGGAAACAUUUGGAGGAAGUCCUAGAGAUGAAACAAGAAGCCCUUCUUGCUGCCAUUAGUGAAAAAGAUGCCAAUAUUGCUCUGCUAGAACUUUCAUCCUCUAAGAAGAAGACCCAAGAUGAAGUGGCUGCACUGAAACGAGAGAAAGAUCGUCUUGUGCAACAGCUCAAGCAGCAGACUCAGAACCGUAUGAAGCUGAUGGCUGACAACUAUGAGGAUGACCACCUCAAAUCCUCAUCCCAUUCCAACCAAACCAACCACAAGCCCUCCCCUGACCAGAUAAUUCAGCCCCUCUUAGAACUUGAUCAGAAUCGCAGCAAGUUGAAGUUGUACAUUGGACAUCUGACAGCUCUCUGCCACGACCGUGACCCCCUGAUUCUGCGUGGACUCACCCCACCUGCUUCCUACCACCUGGAUGAUGACCGGGCAGCUUGGGAGAAAGAGCUGCAGAAGAUGACCCAGGAGCAGCUUCAUGACGAGUUAGAAAAGGGCGAGAAGGAAAGCGCAGAGCUGCAGGAGUUUGCCAAUGCCAUCUUACAGCAGAUAGCGGAUCACUGCCCUGACAUCCUGGAGCAAGUCGUCAAUGCACUUGAGGAGUCGUCAUGACCUCAGCCACUAGCCCCACCGGAGCAGCACACCAGUGGCCAAGCCCAGUCAAUCCAAGGAGCCAUGAGAGUGGAUAGGAAUGUGAAAGACAGAAAAUGGAAUAGAAACUUCCGGUGCACCUUUUACAAAGAAAACAAAAGAAAAAAAACCCUCUAAAAACUAAAUGCUCUCUAGGUUCUUCCAGUCUAUGAUUAAUCAGUCACGUUUGCAUUCAUCUUCUCACUGCCUUUCUACUUUAGAAUCCGAUUCCUCAUUGACUUUGUCGGUGGUGACUUUUGGAUACAGCUAACCAGAGCUCUUCCAAGUCUACUGAGCAAAGAAGAGGGGAUCCACUGAAUACAAGCAGCUGUAGUUCUCCGUGAGGUUGCAGAAGGGUGCCCUUGCCUUUAUUCAUUUAUUGAUUCUGUUUUCUUUCUUUUUUUUUCCAUAAAAGCUGAAAGCCUGAAUUUCAUAGUGCUAAAACCAAACCUGAGCGUUCUCUGAUUAUGGCUCGUGACUGGCCAGCAUCAGCUAGCUAGCUCAGGUCUCACUGCCUGUCUCAAUAUCUCUUAUGUUCUUAAAUAACAGAGAGAGGAAAGGAAAGUUUCCCAUUUUGUUUCUGUUAGUCGCUUCGUCUAUCAGCUGGGAAACAAAGUAGGCAUACUGGUACUUUCUGUUUACUUAACUUUGAUUUUUAUUGUUCACUGAUCUGACUCUGAAGUGCUGAGUAGGGCAUUUUUUCAGGUAACUGUUUUCAUCUGUUGAUUUCUUGGGGUUUUUAGCUGAGGUUUCUCAUCAUAGGUCUGUGUCUCCUAAGUUCUUAUUUUAUAGAGAGCUCUCUCCCUUCAAGCAGGUGUGGUCAACAGGUCAGCUCCCAGCUUUAACUUGUAUAGUUUGUCCAUUGCCAAUUUUUCAGGCCAUAGCUUUGUGAACGCUAGCUGCCAUCAGAAGAGUCUUAGGUGUUUUGUAAAUGAGAAAAUGGCAUCAUUUAGCUUAAAAGUAUAAUUUCAAAGCUAAGUUAGGUAAAUCGGUAACAUAGUUCUUACUAUAAUUAUAAUUUAAUUUAUUUUGGUUUAGCUUAGGUUGACAAGGAAUGAGUUUGAGUUCAGAGCAAUAACCCAGUCUUAUAAAGAGGAGCAUCUCUGCUGGAGUUGGCACCCAGCUGAGUAAAUAGGUAUAAAAUCACAGCUUUAGUUAAACCAGUGCAAUUCUUAUAUGUAUAUGAGAGGCCUUAGUCUUGUUCCCAUCCAUCUUUGACACUCGGUAAAGCCCCUGCUGAUAGGUAAUAUAACCUGAAAUAGCAGGUCGGUUUGUCAUUGUGGUAGCAAGUCAGAAUCCUAUUUUAUGAGUAGGACUUGGGUGUUCGUUCUUGGACUAUGCAUUAAUGGGGAGACACGUUUUUUCCUGGCUACCAGUGGUUAUGUGUGUCUGGGGGCAUCUGCAGGACAGAACCCUUUAACACGUCCCCAUGUGCUCCUUAAAGGAGUUGUUCCCCUUUAGCUUUCUCAUAUUACUUAAGAGAAUGAGGGGAGGGGGAAAGGAGACCAAAUAUCAACAUAGCAGUGGAAGAAAUCUUGGUUUUCAAGUCACUAGCUAAUUAUGAAUCCUCUCAGUAAACCUCCCAUUCAGAGCCUGCAGUUUAAUUCCAUAUGACUUACUAUAUUUUAGGCUUAAUCACUAAACUGUUACGCUAAGGAAAAUGUUCCAAGCCCUUUCAGGAAAACUGCAUUUCUUAUGUCUUUCAAAUCCACAGCACAGCUCCCCUGUAGGUCUUUCACACCUUAUUUUUAUCUUUAGAAGUGACCGAUUGCUUCGAAUAGAAAGGAGAUCAGCAAAAGUUUGAGUGAGGGAAGAUGUACCCUGUCUUUUUUCAAACAAGCACUGAAAAUUGGGCAAAUCUGAAACCUUAUAUACCUGUAGACUCUGUUGAAAACUAACUGAUUUAAAAUAAAUCACAUCCUAAUUCAUUCUACUGUAAUGAUUCAGCAGAAGGAACUGGAUCCAUAACCAUGGUGUCCGCUAGGAAGAAGUAUGUAAGACUCCAAAGAAGAGGUGAUUCACACCUUUCCCGUGUUUUGAACUGCCAGUGCUUUGCAAAUCAGGAAACGUAGCUUUAGUUCUUGCUGUAGUAGCAGCCUGUGUCUGAAGCUUUUGUUGUCAUGGAUGAGGAGAGUAAUGGGAACCUGAGUGUGUGCAAGGGGCGAACACCGGAAGGCAUGUAGACAGUGACUGUACAUACCACUGAGCCGUGCCUCAUCCCAGAACCACCCCUUUGGUCCCAUUAUUUGAGUCAGCAUGUUUCGAUAGGAGCUGUUGUUUUGAAAUCUUUCCUCUUGCUUUUUCUUCAUCACCCCUAAUUACACACUCAAGGAAUUUAAUGCCGCCUGUAAAAGCAUCAGAGCCAUCAGCCUAACAUCAUCGCACCACCACCACCACUCCUGACUAUCUCAUUAACUUAUAUGGUCAAAUCUCCAGCUGCCCUGGUUCCCUGCUGUAAAACAAUCCCUCCUCUGUGAGAAGCUGUGGAAUUUCCCUUAUCGAUGGUUCAAAUGACUCCUGCUUGUAAACCUCUUACUGAGAUGUUCCUUGAUAGUGUUUCUGCUGCAGGCAGGGGGAGGGGAUGGGAACGAGGGGUGGCCACUUCAGGCUGUUAUUUCAAUUCCCUUGGUUUACUGCAUUGCCCCUUCAUUGCAGGAAAGCUGCGAGUUUCAGUCCUGGUUCUUCUGCAUCUUUAACUCAGCUGCCAGCCUGUGGCUGCGUUUCUAGAGUUUAAAGUGCCCCAGCCAAAGGCACGGCGCUGUCAUGACAGCGCGUACAGGAUCCAUGCGUCGGCAGCCAGGUGAAUCUCACUGUUUACACAUCUCCCGGCCUCUUCCCUGAGAGGAUUUGUCAAGCCUGGCUAGUUUUCACGCUGGCCAUUUGGUCUUUUAUCUCCCAGCCACACACCUGCUGUUCCUCCCAUCUGGAUUGUUGGGCCUUUGCAAUUUUUCUCGUUAACCGCUCUUAUCUUCUAGGUCUUCUAGGCUUCCCAUCUUAAACAUUGAUCUUAGACCUCAGUAAAGUGCUUUCAGGGAGAGGGCAGAUCUCAUUUGGGAACAGACUUGAUCCGACUUGAUCUCCGCUGAACUAUUUCAGGUAAUCUCUCUGAUCCUGUGUCGACAGAGAUCUUGUCAUGGUGAAUAGCUUGAGGAACUAUGUGAUUUGGGAGGUGCUGCUGGCUACAAUUUAAUGCUGAACGUGACCAGUGAAAGCUUUUUCUUUUUGCUCAUAUGUGUGCCACACCAUUGGCCUUAGGGCAACGAAGGGAUUUUGUUAUCGUAAUCCAUCAUGAAAUUGCAUAUCAGGCACAUGGCAGAGGGGCCAUGUGUGUGCACAUACUGCGAUGCUCAUCCAGUUGCCUAACCCACCACUGCUCUUUUAAAAUCUUAUACCCAGGUGUCAGCAGCCAGGCAGAUGCAGACAGUUUCCUAGCACAGCAGUCCUGCAACACAGCAGCCCUGGGAAAUUCAGGGGCCCUUCCCAGGGAGCCUGGGGAAACUUGCUUUUUCUUCUCCUGUUGAAUGAAGUUCCGUUUGCUACAGGAGCUGUGAAAGUUUUCGUUGCUCUAAUACUUUUUUUUUUCCUUUCAAGCUGUCAUUUGUAGAGAAACUGAGAGAUGUAAGGACUUGAGGAACUGUCUGUAGAAAAUUCAAUAGAUCAUUUUAGCUGGGUUAGGGCUAAAAAAUAACUCAAGCUUGAAGCCCACAUAGAGUGUAAAAGCUGACACCUCAACCACGCUUGUUCAUGAUAUCCACGAGUCCAAGUACAUAUUUCCUCUGAAUCCAGCCUCAUGUAAAACACUAAAAGGACAUUACAACACUAGAAUUACAGGGUGAGGACAUGAGCACUGUUUGCGAUUGGAAGAAGAAUUGCCUGGCGUGCUCCCAAGCGAAGCUCUAAGCUUCUAGUAUUCUCUCUCAUUUUGACUGCCUUUAACCAGCUUUCCCUCUAGAAAAUGCCAAACCCUCUUUGGAGUAUCUGAUUUUUGCCAAGUCCGGGGGGACGGAAGGUGAAGGUCUGACGAUGCACGAAACUGUGUGUGCUGUUUCUGGUUGCACGGCUGGAAUAUCCCUUCUCUAGCAAAUUUUCUGGUACUUUGGGGCUCUCGGUAUUUUGCACAAGGGAGCGGUAAUGUCAUAAAUCUUGUAGACAUAACCCUGUUUUUUGAACCAAAGGGGCACCUCUUUUCAUUUGCCCUGUAAUUCCCACCCAUUCUGCUGCUAAUGCUCGAUUUGUUGGGGAAUUUCUACAACUGGUAGAAGGUUGACAGGGUUGAGUCCCCACUCCUGUACUAAUUGCCAAUCAUUGCCACUGAAGGGGUCUUUACGAAGGGCAUAGAGAGUCACGCGCUGAUACCAUUUUAAAGCAAAAAUUUCUCUAUGUAAGUAAUGCGUAUAUUCCUCAAAUGACUCUGAUGAAAUGCAAAAGGGAAAUAGUACAAUCAAGGCAUCUGAUAUUAAAGGAAGCCUCUACUCAGCUCAGCGCCCGCACUGGAAGAGGGAAGGGGAGAGGAUGCAGAAGGCCGUGGAUAACUAACACUGCCCCAGCGAAGCCGGCGGGGUGGGAGGGUCGGGCAUGGGGCAUCGCGCCUGGCAAGGCCAACUCUGCCAACCCGUCUUGCCAGCGUGGCAAGGAAAAGGAGUGUCGGGGGGGGGGGUUAAACAAUACAAUGUUUUUAAUUGUUUUUUCCACAUAAAUGGAAGGAACCUUACGCAACAGCAAAUCCUUCUGAACAAAAUGGCUGUGUCCGCUGACUAUUUUUAAAAAAAAAAAGAAAAACUGUUUCAAAACUUUUUAGUGUCAAAAGCAUAAACACAGAAAUCCCGACUUUUUCCAGUGUGUGUGGUGAGUGCUGUAACCCUUUCAUCAGUAUCUCUCCUGACUUUUUCAGGGGUGUUUUCUCCUGUUUUGUUUUCUGCUUGUCGAUAUUGUCUGUGUGGUCCUAAGGCUGGGGCAGUUACCAACAAUGUGUGUCUGUUGUCGGAUUAAAAAAAGAUAGUAGUAGAACUGAAAAAGAUGUGUUUUAAAAAAUAUAUAAAAAUAAAUUUCAUCAAAAGGAAUUCAAGUAAAGAAGCAACAAAGCCGUGACUCCUCCUCUCGGGAUUGCACGGAAAAGGAUUUGUGGGCUUAUAAUUAUAACCAGUUGCCUUUCACAGGCUUUUGAGGUCCAAGGCAGCUUGGCCUCUUAGGAAAUGUUACAAACCCUGUAUAAAUUCCUGCUUUCCCAGGUUUAUACUGUACACGUGUAAUACAGAAAUGGGCAGAAUGAAACAGUAUUUUGGAAAUCCAUCUUUUCUGGUAACGGUUAUCAACACCAGGUGUCCCUUAAGAUAGGAACCGGUGAUGUAAAUGGGCCAAACGCUUUGGCCAAAUUUUCCCUGUCUUCUCAAUCGCGCCCAUCGAUACCAGGGACACGUGCAAGCGCAGAUCGGCUGGUGCAGGUAGUCGUGUGUAGGUCCAUUACCAAAGCUGAAUUUCUUUGCAUCCGGUAUUGGUCACAUAGCCGCAGCGGGUUAUGCUAUGGGAAGGGACUAGCAGCCGCCUUCGGCUGCGGUUGCAUCAAAGACUUGCGCUGCUUAAAAGGAACAACGUGAGGCUAAACCGGCACGUGACGUAAACAAAAAACCCCACGCGAAUCGCUUUGCCUAUGAGACUAGGUAACGAAUUUCAUUAAAUGAAUGUAUUUUUUAUAUCAAACUUAUCGUAUGCUGUUUGUCCCUGUUUUGCACUUCUAGUUUGGAUCUUGAAAAUCAAGUCAAUCAGUUUUGGUUUUAAAUAGAAGUUUCCACUACAGGUUCUCAGUGCUUUGUUGGGGCUUUUUGUUCAAAACAUUGUUUUUCCGUUUGGAAACUGGCAAAAAAUGGGUCUAUUAGUCACGUGUACUCUUUUUAGUUAUAAAAUGUGGUUAUCUAAAAGCCAAAUUUGAAGCCAAACUUUAUGAGUAGAACGUUGUUCCUUUAAUCUACCCCAUCUUGCCAGCUCUCCGUGGACACGGCCAAGUCUCUGUCCUCCCUGCCUGCCCAGGGGCAGCUGCGUUUGGCCCUUACUGACACGCUCAUUACAGUAUAUAUGGGGAGGCUUUAGUGGCAGAUGCCUUUAUCUGUUCAGACGCUGAAGGAGGAUGAAUCAAACAGGACCGUGAACAGGGGAAUAAUUUCUGUGCUAGCCUAACAUGCUGCUCCAAGCCCACUAAAACAGUAUAUUGCCGUUUCCCUCCAAGUCAGUAGAUGAGGAGAGCCGCACAGCAGGUUCACAAAUCAUUUGUGGGGUUAAAAAAAAAAAUCUGUGGGAUGCUCCAUCCACUCCACAGACGCGGAUCCCUCAUUUGCUUUGGAAGAGACGUGUUGCACUUUAGCGGAGGGGGAGACAGGCUUUGGGGAUGGGAUCUAGCGUACUUGAAUUCCUUUUUGAAAUAACAGCAGCGGGAGACAUUGAUGUCUGCGAUGCAAGUGCGCACGCUGCCUUCAACUUGUAUGUGUUUUAUUGCUGGAGUCAUGUUACUGACAGGAUAAUGAAAUUGCAAAGAAAAUGUGUUAUAUUCAACUUUGCCUUGAUAAUAUAAACACUUUGUUCAUUUUUUUUCUUCUUUUUUUAUUCACGGACUAAGUUCAUCAGGAAAUUAUAAAAUUAUUUAAAAA